AUGGCUAUGGCAAUUGCCGAAGAUCUGAAAGUGGCUGAUAUCGUCCGUCAAGGUGUGUAUGUACAUGUCGGUGGUCCAAAUUAUGAGAGCCCCGCGGAAUGUAAAUUCUUGCGUAUGGUAGGGGCUGAUGUCGUCGCCUUAUCCUCGUGCGAGGAAAGUGGCAUCGAUUUACUCCCAGGCGGCAGACUAUCUGAUCUAAAGUAUGCAGACGACAUUGUGCUACUAAGUGAAGAUCCAGGAAUGAGUACUGUUCCUGAAGUACUCAUCGCACGCCAUUGUGGGUUAAAUGUUUUUGCUGUAUCCUUGGUGACCAACGUAUGCAUUCUUGAUGAAGAAUCUGCGGAAAAAGCCAACCACGAGGAAGUCCUGAGCACUGCAGCUAUGCGUACUGUGACGCUGCAAAGCAUAUUUGUCGAGAUGAUCAACCGAAUUUGA